AUGAGUAUUCUUGCUCCCGGUACUUAUCCAAAUAAAUCCAUUCCUGGGCCUCAGCAUCAAAUUCAACUAUGUGCCUAUCCAGCCUCGCAAUUGCAUGGACAUCCUAUGCAAGUUACCAGGGCAAUCGCUCCAAAUGUGAUGAUAAGAAAUCAGCAACCUUGCAACUCACAUGUUAUGGAACAGCAAAAUUAUCCCCAUAUUAUUCAGCAACAGCAACCUCCUGUAAGCGCAGUUCAAGAUACUUCUCAGAUAGGAGUAUCGAACGUCCCGUUCUUAAAGGACCAAUUAGUACAGCUUAGAGCGCAAAUCAAUGCGUACAAGCUUCUAUCAAAAUCGCAACCUGUUUCUGACGUCCUUUUACUGGCAGCUGAAGGUCGUGUAAAUGCGACCGGACAACAUCCUUCUCUUCAGGCUCAACAGCAGCCCUGUUUCUUGCAAUCCUCACCGAGACAACGACCCGGAGUUCCUAUAUUUAAUGUGGGUGGGCAACCUAAUUUGGUAGCCGGCUGCUUUGGCUCUCCUGUAGGAUAUGGUCCAUACGCGGGACCUGCCCAGAAUGCUGCAUUUCUUGCUUCUAGUGCCCAAGUUAUCGGUAGGAACCGUCUCACUCCUCUUCAAAAGCCCAAAGGUCUCGACCCCGUGGAGCUCCUCAAAGAGAGAGAGCAAAGAAUUCAGUCGCGCGUGGUUCAAAGGAUAAAUUUUCUCACUAAUUUGAGUGCCUUUAUGACUAAUGAACAGCGAGUCAAUUCGCAAAUAGAACUCCGUUCCCUCCGCUUGCUUAAUUUUCAACGCCAGCUUCGGCAGGAUAUUGUUUCAUCUAUGCGCAAGGACACAAGUUUGGAGACUGCAUUAAAUGUG